UUCGGGUUACUCGUUCGUGUUCGGUUAAUAACACUUCGGGUUCGGAUUUGUUUUGUACCACCUUACAAGACCCAUUCAGAUAUUUUUUACAUUUCAGACCGGAUACGGAUCGGGUUUUCCGGUUCGGGUUCAGUUCGGAUUUCGGGUUACGAAGCCCCCCCCCCUUUUUUUUGAGAACUACCUACUAUUAUUUCCGUAUUCAUAUUUUCAUAUCAAUUUAAAUCAUGGAUCCACGAUAUGUCACGUUUUUUUCUGGUGCAAACUAUAUGUCACGUUUCAGUCUCGUAGUCAUCAAAUUGCAAAACUCUACUUCGAUAUAUUCGAAUAUAAUGAAGAUGACAAGAUUUUCGGUUAAAAAAUUACCACGCGUGGUCGAAUCUCGCUGUUGGAGAAGGGAUCAAUAAACCUCUAAAGACUAGAAACUACGAUUGACGAAGAUAAAGCUUGAAAUCAUAACUUUUUUUUUGAAAUCAUAACUUUCACUCCAUAUAAAAAGAUUGAUUAAACCUAGCAACAUCACACUUAGGUACGAGACAAAUGAAUGAGAUAGACAUGUAAAAGAAAAAAAAUCAUUUUGAGAGGAACGUAAGAGUGAAAGUGGACUGCGUUCCGAUUGAUGAAUGCAUACGAGUUACCGUUGAAAUCUCCACAAGUGUCACAAUAUGGAUCGUUGGUACCAAUCAUACAUCGCUCACUACCAAUCAUACAUCGCUCACUACCGGCCAAUUUGACUCCGAAUAGUACUCAUUCAUGUCGAAAGCAAGAAACCAGUAAUUGAAGCAAAAUCGACGGCCUGGUGGUGAUUAUUAUUUAUGAUAUUUAUUUUGUGGUAUCUAAUGAAGUGUUUGUAGUUUCUCAUUUUAGACUCUUUCUUGUUUUUAUCCUAUUUCUUAUAUUUUUAAUUGCUAAAUAUUUCCAUGAAAAACUGGCAAUGAACAUGCUCUUGUGGACUUUAAAUGUUGCUUCUGCUUUUUUGGCCCUUUCUGAUUAUAGCCUUUUCAUAGGUAUUGAGAUUUUCAUAUUGUUACAUAAUUAUAUUAUUCAAUGUUUAGGAAAAUAAGAAUCAUGUAAGAAGAUAACGAAGAUUAUUAUUUUUUUUUUGACAGAACAAUGAUUUAGCCAAUGUAAGCAAAAACAGAAAAGGAAAUGGACUUCAGAAAUGGAAACUUUGGGGAAAUCAAUUGAUUCAAUCACAAACGAAUCUUUUUAUCAUGAUCAUGGCACUGCUAAUUAUAUGGGGUUUCCUUGAUUUAGUGGCUUAAUAUGAUCAUUUAGUCAUUAAACUCAACUUCAUCAUUAAUACUUGCUUGGAAAGAAGUAAAAUAUCUGCAUGGUUUCCAUAUUAGAGUAGGAGAUAAUAUUUGAGAGUAUAUUUUCUUGCGUGUGCGAUAUAUAUAAACACAAAAAGAGGAACUCCAUUGUUAAAUCAAGAAAGAAACUUCAGAAACUAAGAGCUAUCAACGUUCCACAAGGUAUUUUUACCUUCUUUACUUUAUAUGAAUAUAUCUGUUAUUUUCCAUUAUUGAUUUCCAUUUCAUUAUAUAUAUGGCGUAGUUGGAUUUGGAAUUAUGUACAGACAGGAUUUUAGGGUUUUGAUUAUGUAUGAUGAUGUUACAUUGUUAGGACUACAAAUCUCAUUGAUCUAGCUCCACCAUUGUCUCUAUUUAAGAAACAUAUAAUUCACUUUGUGUUUGAAGAUGAUGAUGAUGAUUAGUUCAUUACGGAUACUAAAGAAACUCCCUUCUAUCUAUCAAAACCUAGUGUUGAUGGGAGUCUUGAUAUGUUACAUGCCUCGUAAUCAAAAUAAAUAUUGUGUAUAGAACCACAAUGAAAUGUUUAGUUGCAAGUUUUAUAUUUUUGUUUCGUUUACGUACUUUCUCUUUCAGUAUUUGAAUGGGUCGAAAAAUGGUGAAGAUGGCAAGGAUAAUGAACGAGAAGACGAGGAUAACGACUUACAGGAAGAGGAAAGAAUGUUUAUUCAAGAAAGCCAAUGAGUUCUCAACACUCUGUGGCGUCAACACAUGUCUCAUCGUGUAUGGCCCGACCAGAGCAGGGGACGAGAGAAUCGACCACCCCGAGUUAUGGCCCAAGGAUGAGAGAAAAGUCAGAGAGAUCAUAACCAAGUACAGAGACACCGCCUCGAGCAGCUGCAUCAAAACCUACUCUGUACAAGAAUGCUUGGAGAAAGGCAAGAUCAAGUUGGAGAAAGAGAAGUAUUGUCCGUGGGACAACAAGCUCGAAAAGUGUUCUUUAAACGAGCUAUAUGCAACUUUCGUGACAGUCUGUAACAAGAUUCAAGAAGCUGCUAAUAGGAAGCAGACAUUUCCCGAUGCUUCUUGGUCUACUCAUCGUGACCAACUUGGUUUGAUAGGUUACAACCAGCCAUGUCUCGAGCAACACCAGUUGUUUCCUAUGUCUUCAAUGGAGCAGAACGGUUUCGCAUUUCUCCCGUUUCUUAACCAAAUGACCUCGACCUCGAACACCGGGGAAGUUGCGUCUUUCUCGAACGUGACAGAACCGGAGAUGACUCAAGCCAUGUUUUACGGAAGCUGUUCGGAUGGUCAGUACGCUCCGAUGGUACAGAAGACAGACUAUAUGGAACCAGUGCAGUGGGGUUUAGGGAACAGUAUGUUCAGCAACGUGAAGCCUUUCGCAGACUAUCCCAUGAGGUUUGGACAAGUUAAUGACUUGGAGAGUUCUGGUAAGACUCCUAUGUGAAACGUUUGUUUCUUUCCUUUGAUUGUUUAUUGAACUUCAAGAGCUUUAAAACUUAAUUUUAUUCUCAAGUUUCUGUUAAGUCUGUGGAUUUGUUAUAAUAAAUCUCGUUCAGUUAGAAAGUUGUUUUUAUUAUUGUUCAAUUUUUUUUAACAUUAGUUACCCUAUUACUUACUAUAGUUGUUAGAAUUAUUACAUGACCACCUAACAAUUUUAACUUUUUAUGAGAAUUUCUGUCCAACAAAUCUAAUUCUCUGUAAAAAGAAAUUCCUGUACUAAAAUCUAAGGCUGUUCAAUAUGGCAAAACCGAACCGUUCCGAACCGAA